UUCACCAACAACACCGGUAGAGAGUAGACAACAUGGCCGCAGCUGAGACGCGUAGGCUGCUUGAACAGCUUAUGGGCGAGCAGCUCAUGAGCGGCUCUGACCAGCGUGCGCCGCAGCUCAGCAUUACCGACCCCAAGGUCUGCCGCUCAUACCUUGUCGGCAACUGUCCCCACGAUCUCUUCACAAACACGAAGAACGAACUGGGCCCCUGCCCGAAAGUUCACAAUGAAGCCCUCAAGACCGAAUACCAAGAGGCAGACGCAGACCAGAAGCGCAGGUGGGGCUUCGACUUCGACUACCUGAGGGAUAUGCAGCACCACAUUGACGGCUGUAACCGCAAGAUAGACCAGGCCCAACGACGCCUGGAGAAGACACCUGAGGAGAUCCGACAGACUAAUGCACUGUUGAAAUCGAUCAACGAACUGACCAAAUCAAUCGACGCCGGCAUGCUCGAAGUCCAGAUCAUGGGCGAAGAGGGCAUGGUCAACAUGGCCGUACAAGAGUUCACCAAGGUCCGCAUGAAGAAGGCUGAGAAGGAGGAACGUGAACGGGAGCUGAGGGCUCUCUCGGAUACAGGAGGGCCAUCAGGACAUCAGAAGCUCCAGGUCUGUGACGUGUGCGGUGCGUAUCUCAGUCGUCUUGACAAUGAUCGCCGUUUAGCAGAUCACUUCUACGGAAAGAUGCAUCUUGGCUAUGCUCAGAUGCGAAAGUCGUACGAAUCCCUGCAGAAGGAGCUCAAGGGCCGCGCCCCUCCCCACGACGCAUACCCAUCACAAAGCGACGAUCGAGGCUCAGGUGGCUGGGGCGGCGGCGGCUACGGUGGUGGUGGUGGAGGAGGAGGAGGAUACGGUGGCCGCGGUGGGCGACGUGGUCGCGGUGGCAGAAGAGGCGGAUGGUAAUAGUCCUUCGAUCCGGCGUUCAAGGUGUGUCAUGAUGAUUCCCAAAAGGUCCAACUUACUACAGCAUUAUUGCGAGCGACUUCUUUUCAGCAGUACUUGUACAACAGGCGAUCUACAGAGCCAUUUGGAGCAUGGAGCUCGCGACCUAGUCCCAAUCAAACUAUGUACGCCUACACCAUGACCCGUCUGACAUGUCUCUAACCUUCAA